AGGCCGUCCCGUGAUGCCUCGCGCCCCGGCCGCUCUGGCCUGCAACGUGUCUCUGGGGCGGAGGCAGCGGCAGUGGAGUUCGCCGCGCGCGGGUGGGGGCCCCUGUCUCUUCGCCUGUGUCCAUUUCCCUAUCGUUGCGCUCGGGUGCCGACGGGCUGUCCCAGACCUCGACAUGUCGUACAACUACGUGGUAACGGCACAGAAGCCCACCGCCGUGAACGGCUGCGUAACCGGACACUUUACUUCAGCUGAAGACUUGAACCUGUUGAUUGCCAAAAACACGAGAUUAGAGAUCUAUGUGGUCACUGCUGAGGGGCUUCGGCCCGUCAAAGAGGUGGGCAUGUAUGGGAAGAUUGCAGUCAUGGAGCUUUUCAGGCCCAAGGGCGAGAGCAAGGACCUACUGUUUAUCCUGACAGCUAAAUACAAUGCCUGCAUCCUGGAGUAUAAGCAGAGUGGCGAGAGCAUUGAUAUCAUAACACGAGCCCAUGGCAAUGUCCAGGACCGUAUUGGCCGCCCCUCGGAGACGGGCAUUAUUGGCAUCAUCGACCCUGAGUGCCGGAUGAUUGGCCUGCGACUCUAUGAUGGCCUUUUCAAGGUUAUUCCGCUAGAUCGGGACAAUAAAGAGCUCAAGGCCUUUAACAUCCGCCUCGAGGAGCUGCAUGUCAUCGACGUCAAGUUUCUAUAUGGUUGCCAAGCACCUACCAUCUGCUUUGUCUACCAGGACCCUCAGGGGCGGCACGUGAAAACCUACGAGGUAUCUCUCCGAGAGAAGGAGUUCAAUAAGGGCCCUUGGAAACAGGAAAACGUAGAAGCUGAAGCUUCCAUGGUGAUUGCAGUCCCAGAGCCCUUCGGAGGGGCCAUCAUCAUUGGACAGGAAUCCAUAACCUAUCACAAUGGUGACAAGUACCUGGCAAUUGCUCCUCCUAUCAUCAAGCAAAGUACGAUUGUGUGUCACAAUCGUGUGGACCCCAAUGGUUCCCGCUAUUUGCUGGGAGACAUGGAAGGACGGCUCUUCAUGCUGCUUUUGGAGAAGGAGGAACAGAUGGAUGGCACUGUCACCCUCAAAGAUCUCCGUGUGGAGCUCCUCGGAGAGACCUCUAUUGCUGAAUGCUUGACAUACCUCGAUAACGGUGUUGUGUUCGUUGGGUCUCGCCUUGGGGACUCCCAGCUUGUGAAGCUCAAUGUUGACAGCAAUGAACAAGGCUCCUAUGUAGUGGCCAUGGAAACAUUUACCAAUUUAGGACCCAUCGUGGACAUGUGCGUAGUGGACCUGGAGAGGCAGGGGCAGGGACAGCUGGUUACUUGCUCUGGGGCUUUCAAGGAAGGUUCCUUGAGGAUCAUCCGGAACGGAAUUGGAAUCCAUGAGCAUGCCAGCAUUGACUUACCCGGCAUCAAAGGUAACCCUUUGGUAGACAUAGGAUGCAUGUCGUAUUCAAGUGACCUUGGCCUUUGGCCUCAUGUGUUGUGAAGGCACGUGGGUGGG